UUGCAUCUUCUCCACAGUCAUAUAGCGACAGUGAUUCCGUACAGAUCUAAAAUAUUUUUCAAAGCUACCAAAAAAUGUCAUACAAAGUUUAUUAUUUCAAUUUUCGUGGAUUGGCUGAACCAAUUCGAUUCAUGUUAAAGUACAAUGGAACUGAAUUUGAGGAUGUCCGAAUUGAACGUGAAAAUUGGCCAGAAUGGAAAGACAAAAUGCCAAUGAAGCAAAUGCCAGUAUUAGAAAUUGAUGGUAAAAAAUACUUCCAAUCUGUCUCAAUCUGCCGCUAUUUGGCCACAAAAUUCGGUCUCUCUGGGAAAGAUGCUGAUGAAAAUUUGGAAAUUGACAGCGUUGUUGACACCUUUGUUGAUAUGAGACUCAAAGUCACACAAGCAUUUAUGUUACCAGAAGACCAAAAAGAGGCAGCAAUGAAGAAAGUUUUGGAAGAGACAAUUCCACUUUAUCUCUCAAAACUCAACUCACUUGCUGAGGAGAAUGAUGGAUAUUUAGCAUGUAAGCGUCUCACUUGGGCUGAUAUUUAUGUCACAUCAUUGAGUGCAUUGAUCAAUUUUAUUGGCAAAGGCCAAGACUUGUUCGCAACUUAUCCAGCAUUGAAGAAAGUCAUCGACACAGUCGAAUCGAUUGAGAAUAUCAAAAAAUGGAUUGCAGAACGUCCAGUUACUGAAUAUUAAUAUUUUGAUUUAUUUAUUUGUGUUUUUU